AUGUUGUCUAUUGUCAUUAUCAUUUAUAUUUUAUUAAUUCAACAACCUUAUCAAACUGAUCAAUUAGAAACAAUUCAAGUAGCUUUAGCUAGUACUGUCGAAUUACCGUGCUCAGUCGGUCAAAAUAGCGAACCGGCAAAUCCUGCAAAGAUCAUCUGGAUUCGUGAUGAUCGAGCAGAUAUUGUCAGUCUUGAUUCCGUUAUAACAGUAAGAGAUCGUCGUUUAAGUAUUCUUACAAUGGAUAGUAUUGAUCGUGAAGAACGUAUUUUACGUAUAACUAAUGUUGAAGAACAGGACCAAGGUUUAUAUCGUUGUGUACGUGGUGAUAUUACAUUAAAUGAAAUACUUCUUGAUGUACUCAUACCACCAAGAAUUAUUUCUCAUUCACCGGAACAUAUGCGUAUGACAGUACGUGAAGGUCGAAAUGCUCGAUUUUCUUGUACAGCAUCCGGUCGACCAGUACCCGUUAUUCUUUGGCAUGUCAAUGGUCUAUCGAGGCCAGCGACAGUUACAACAAUUACGGGUAAAAAUGAGAGCAUUCUUAUCUUACGUAAUAUUUCACGGUUUGAUUCGGGUCGAGUCGAUUGUUCAGCAAGUAAUACAUUGAGUACUGUCAAUCGACAAUUUCUUCUUCAUGUUAAAUAUAAACCGACAGUUACAGUUCCGUUUCAUUUAUCUUAUUUCCGUUUAUAUGAUUCAGCAACAAUUACAUGUCGUGCUUGUUCAAUACCAUCACCAAUAUUAUUCGAUUUUUUUCGUCCAAAGCAAGUAACUCCUAUUAUGAAUGGUGUUAAAGAUAAGUUUGAUGAAUUUAUUAAUCAAACAUGUCGACAACUAACAAUAACGUUAUAUUUAAGUGAUUCAUCAUUCUUUGGAGCAUAUGUAUGUCGUGCUAGAAAUUCAAUGGGAAUUUCUCAUGCAGAAUUUAUUCUUAAAGAAUUAGUUCAAUCGACUAAACAUAUGAAAUAUAUAACAGAAAGUCGUCCUUCAACAACAUCAUCGUUAGUUAUGACAACUUUAUCUUCUACAACAAUGAAUAUUCAUAAUAAUGAUAAUGAUGAAUCAUUUCGAUUUCAUUUAACUAAACGAAACUUUCCCAUGCCAACUGUCGUUCUUGAUCCACCAUCGAAAAAUAAAACCGCAGAAAAUCAAGCAUCAUCAUCAUCAUCAUCAGGUGAUAAUAACGAAGACGAAGAUCAAGUGACGUCAGCUAUUCGUAAAACUGGUUGUUAUCAAUUUCACGAAAAAUUGCAAGAAUGUUAUAUUGAAAAAAAAGAUUGGCGAAAUUGUACAAAAGAAAUGCAAGAAUUUCGUCGUUCUUUAUAUAAUUAUUUAUUUGCAAAAUCAUUUAAUGGAAAAUUUCUUUUACGUAUUGAAGAUACAGAUCGAGAGCGUAUAGUAUCCGGUUCCAAAGAACAACUACAAUCCAUACUUAAAUGGACACGUUUACAACCAGAUGAAUCACCUGUUAUACAAUCUGAACGUGUUGACAUAUAUCGAAAAUAUUUAAAUACAUUAUUUGGCAAAUUAAAUCAUCAAAAUGAACCACACAUUUAUCGAUGUUUUUGUUCUGUCGAUCGAUUAAUACUUUUAAGACAUGAAUGUAAACGACGUUCGCAACCAUAUAGAUAUGAUGGACGAUGUAAACAUUUAACAGAAAAGCAACAAAAUGAAUAUCUUCAACAAGGACUUCCACAUGUAAUUCGUUUUUCUUUACCAACUGAUAAUCAAGGAAUUCAAAUUUAUGAAGAUCUUGUUUAUGGUCAUCAUGAACAUAAUCCUUAUGUAACUGAAGGUGAUUUUAUUCUUCUUAAAUCAGAUGGUUAUCCAACAUAUCAUUUAGCAAAUGUUAUUGAUGAUCAUUUAAUGAAUAUAAGUCAUGUUUUACGUGGUCAUGAAUGGCAAACAUCAACAUCAAAACAUUUACUACUUUAUAAAGCUUUUAAUUGGCAAUCACCGAUUUAUGGUCAUUUACCAUUACUUGAACGUGAACGUGGAAGAAAAUUAUCUAAACGUGAUAAAGAAAAUGCAAUUAAUCCAAUUGAAAUUGAUUAUUAUCGUGAAAAAGGUUAUUAUCCAAAUGCUAUAUUAAAUUUUAUAACUCUAUGUGGUGGUGGUGGUUUUAAGGAUGAAGAUACAGUUAUUGGAAAAACACUUGAUGAAAUGAUAUCAUUAUUUAAUAUAAAAUUAUUUAGUCGACAUGCAGCUAUAGUUGAUUUUAAAAAAUUAUCUCUUUGUCAACGAGCACAUUUAAAACGUGAAUAUCAACAAUCAAUUGAAGGUCGUCAACGUAUUAUUGAAGAACUUCGUCAAAAAGUUCUUCAUUAUUAUCCAGAGAAAAAUUCUAUAAAUUCAAUACAAUUACAAAAUGAUUAUCUUGAAAAAGUUUUAAAUAUGAUUGAUUUUCGUAUUAUUUUACUUGAUGAAUUAUUUACAAAUAAUUUAUAUGAAUAUUUAUGGAAAGAACCAGAAAUAAAACAAGAUCUUAUUGAUAAUAUUGAACAAUUUAAAUUUGUUAUUAAACAAACAUUAAAUAAUUUCAAUCAGAUUCAUUUUACACAUGAUGAUGUAAAAAAUUUUAUUAAAAAAUAUCAACCAAAUAAAAUUACAAAUAAACAAAUAUUUCGUAUAUGGCGAUUAGUUUUAUGUGGUUGUUUACAAGGACCACCUGUUCAUGAAAUAGCAACUUUUUUUGGAUCGGAUAUUGUACGAAAACGAUUUGAAAAUGCUCUUCUUAUAUUAGACCAACAAAAUGAAAGUGCCCAAGUGAAGUUGUGA